AUUGCAAUUGUCGAUGUUGCCAAGUUAAAUAUACUGCCGACAUUGCGCAGAUGUAGUGAUGCCACUUAAAAAUAUAACGUUACUUAAGGAAAGAAAGAUAAAAUUAUAAUGCUGUUUUAAUGUACUAGUUAAUGUAUUAGGAAGAAAUAAACAAAUUUAUUUGAUUUUCUAAACCAAAAAAUUCGACUAUGAAUACGCUGCUAAAUAUUUCGCUGCCGCUUCGAAAUUAAUUAAAAACGCUGGUUUUAAGACAACAUUUGCAGACAAGUCAAUUUUCAGCCGUUACGUAGUGUAGUGCCGUCGCCAAUGUGUUUAUAUUAUCACGCUGGCGCGAAUGAUCGUAGCAACUGUAUUGCGGAAAGAAAUAGCUUAUUUCAAUUUUGUGUAUUAUAAAUUGCAAAUUAUAUAAAAAAUGGACAGAUCUUUGCAACAGCUAUACACCACGAUGCCGCGAAACUCCUAUACCGCUCGAAUGCGGUCUCAGCAGUCUUCGAGCAGGCCGGUAUCCCCAUCUAUAAAAAAGACUGGUAUUAGCCAAGGACGUUUUAGUCUGUCGGCUCGGUCAAAUCCUUCAAUUGCUGGAAUUCGAUCGGAAUUUAAUAUGGUUGAAAGUUUCGGAUUUCAAUUACCGGUACUAGUUAAUGAAGCGCUAACUUUUAAUGAAAAGAAUCAAAAUGUGUCUGUCCGCUGUUCUCCUAAUGGGUGGGCCUGGGUGGUGUAUGGUCGCCGUCUGCUUAUUUGGCAAUAUAAGGACACAAGACGUUCAGAAGAAAACACAUCACCACGCACCCCCAAGGAGUUGUUGCGCACUCAACAACGUCGCGGAGCUGCUAUGGCUCAAUGCCGUGAGCUCACGUUGCCCCACUGUGAUAUUGGUCAUAAAGCUUCUUUGGUUAGCGUUUUCCUUGGCGAAGGACAGCAGAUGGCAUCGUGUGUUGCGGUUUCCCCCACUGGUGAUGCACGCUACUGGGCCUCUAUUGCACACGAUGGCUCUUCUGUGGAUGUUAACGGAAUAUUAGAUGGUCAAGAAUUCGAUCAAAUGCUAAAUAUGCCACACCAACAAGGUUAUUUGCUGGUGACGACUACUUGCAACUUAGUACUGUUGCAGCUGCAGCUGCUUAAUGGACGACACGUUCUGCAACAUAAAACCAUACGGCAACCCGCUGGUUUUUUGGGCGGCAUCGGAAAGAAAUUUUCAAUUAUAAUGGGCAUGAACAGUGGUAGCGAUAAAGAAAAUAAAUUCGUUGGCAUUGCUAAUGAGGCAGGAACUAGUGGUGAGGCUUUUGUUACGGUGCUUGCUGAUCGUUGGUUUCAGCGUUGGCGGUUGGCAAAUGGUGGUACUGUAGAGCAGAUGCUGUAUGAAGACAGCGAAGUUAUUCGCAAGAUACGUGACGAGUUUCAACACAAGUUCUGGAAUAUAAGAGAUAGUCCGGAUAUAAAUUUAAAUCUUUUGGAUAUGCAUAUUUGUGAUGGUAAAAUUUAUGUGCUCGCCGGUGCUGUCAAUACAGCACACGCCCCUCAAAUACACUAUGGCGUUGCCAUCGUUGUUACGGAAGCCGAAUCAAUGAAGCUACAAAGUUUCCUUCCACUUAAACUUACGCAAUUUUACAAUAUUGGCACUGAAAAGGAUUGUCACAAUUUACGCUUUAUCGUUACACGUACCCAUCUCUUCUUCUACACCGAGAAGUAUAUUUACCCAUUAAAUCUGUCCAAUCCGGCAAUAGCUGAAAUGGAAGCUGAAAAAAUCGAAUUUCAUUUGCAAGAUGAUCGUAUAUUAAAUGCUGCUGUUUGCGGACACUUACCAUUAUUCUUCAGUCGCACACACGGCUUAGUUUGUGUAACACCUGGUGAUUUUGAUACAAUGGAUUUUCUAAAUUCCUCUUAUGCGAUGGGACCCAGCGGAACUACAACGGUUGAUAUAACUGGUUUGUCAUCUAUUGGUGGCGAUCAAAGCGCACUAUACAGUGGCCAGAUUAAUGAUGGCAAUCUAUAUAUGUUUGAUUUGGAUCCAGAUGCGAUGUAUAAUGAGUUUAAAGAUGAAGUUAGUCAACUGAAGGCUGCGUUUAUCUAUCGUCUGAAGCAAAACAAUAAUAUGUGUAAUACGAUAUUGAAUGAAUUGCUGCGCAAUAUGUCAGAAGGACAGACAGGUUCCACAGCACUCUCAGAUGCCAACCAAUUGGAUAGAAUUGUAAUAACAAUUGCUGAAGACUUGGCUGAAGAUUUACCUGCAGCCGAUCCACGUUGGGAACAACUGUGGACAGAAGGUGGACAUUGUAACAAACAUGCUUUGGGAAGUUCAUCAUCCUUACAAAUUCUUACUCAGUUGAAGGAGAAAAGUCUAGCGCUACGACAUUUCGUUGAUUUUCUACAUAACACAGGCAUUUGGGAAAAGCUCGAUGCAGUGCCGAGUGGGGGCGGUAGCGUACUGAAGCCUACUUGUUAUAUACUGGCAGACAUUAAUGAAAAACUGGGUGGGGCCAUUGCCUUGCGAAGCAUACAAAACAAGUAUGGGAAAAUUAUCGACGAAGCCAUCAAUCGCGUGGUUUCCACUUGGCAAGAAAAUCCUUGUGGAAAUCUGACUGCCCAGGACAUAUUUUAUGUGCGCCUAUGCAAGUUUCAGGAAAUUUUCCAAGCACUUUCCGAUCUCGUAGACAACCGCAUUGAGUCACAGCAGCAGACAACUUUGUUAGCUAGUCUUAUAAGUGAUAUAAAUAGCAUUGUCUUGCAUGUUAUAAAUGAGGUGCUGGAUAGUCGCGAACUGAACUCCUCAUUAUUUACACUGCCACAGGAGAAGGAAAAUUCAUACGAAUAUUUACCGUGGACAGCAAUGUCAGGCAGUGUUGGCGUGCGCGAUACAUUGUCACAUUUAAUAGACUCUUCGGUCCGUUAUGGCGCACAUUGUACCAACGAGCCUGAACUAAAACAACGUUUGUAUAAACAAAUUUACGAGAUAAUAGAUGCUGUAUUGGACGGGAGAAAAAACUAUCUAGAGAGUGUACAUGAUUCCGAAAAGUAUAAUGUGUUGUUGCAGCAGUUUGAAUCACAGCGUAGAGAUUUAAUCUCCAUCUUGAUCGAUGAUGAACAAUAUGAAUAUGCUGCAAAGUUGGGAGAGAAGUAUCUGGAUUUCCAAAGUUUGGUGGUUAUUUGUGAUGAAACUAAGAACCAGGAUCGUCUGGAUGGUUAUAUUAAGAAGUAUGAAGAAUACGAAUUUUCACAAUUUGCAAUUAACUGGCAUUUGCGACAAAAUCGGCAAGGUGAAGUGUUCGAACGUUUUAAGGGCAAUCAAGCUGCGCUAUCUCAGUUUAUGCGCGAUCAUCCAACACUUGGCUGGAUACAAUUAGUUUUUAAUGGUGAUUUUGAACGCGCAUCCAAAAUUCUACUACAGUUGGCGCAAAAUGAGAUCGAGUUUGUGCAAAGAAAAAAGUCCAUGCUGUCUUUGGCAAAAUUAGCCGCUUUCGCUUCAGCCGACUCAGAUUUAGCCAUACAAAUAGAAAGUAUAAAUGCAGAAUUGAAUAUAAUCGAUUAUCAAGAACAGCUGAAUGAAGCUCUAUUACAAAACUUUGGUUAUGAUGUGGAGAAUCCAAAAGUACUUAAAGUGGACGAAAUAAUAAAUCUUCUUAUAUCUGAAGAAAAUGAAACUGCAAAUGAAUUUGAUUUUCGUAAAGCAUUGGAGCUGCUCAACUAUUUGGACGAGCCGUACGAUGUGCGGCAUAAAAUUUGGUGCGCGUCGAUAUUGCGUGAUAAUUGGACUGCUUAUGAUACCAACAAUGCCAUGGACUAUCUGCAAAAUUUGCUAUUUUUCAAAUUGGUGGAAGUGUGCCAUUUAAUGGACGGCGAUUGUGAAACCUUCCUCCCUCCAAUAGAUGAUUUUCUUAACAGCCAUGAGUUAGGUGAUUUAGUGCACAACAUGUCGUUUCAAUAUCUCUUUAAGCUAACCUAUGAAUACAUAUCGGAUGCAUUUAAAAAACCAGCUGGCAUGGAAUUGUGAACUUGAUGCAGUUGUUAGUGGUUACUAAAUAACUUAUUUUUGUAUUGAGAAUUAAUAAAUCAUUUUAUAAGAUAUUUAAAUAAAAUAAAUUUAAUAUGAAAUAAAUAAGUUAAAGAAGCUUAAACAUAAGCCAGUAAAUAAUUGAGGCUUGCACAUAGAGUAUCAGGAGAACUAAGCAUC